AUGUUUUUAUUAACUACUAUUCAAUCAUCAACAUUAUUAGUAAAUCAAUAUAGAAAAUCUCAUUCAUCUGUAAAUCUUAUUGAUUCAACAUUAAGUUUAACAAAUGAUUCAAUUAAAAAUCAUAUAAAUUUAUCAAUGAAUAAAUUUCAAAGUUUUGAUAAUUCUUUGAGAUAUAGUUUUAUGAAAGAUGGAUCAAACUUAACAAAAACACAGAUAAAAGUUAUUUUCACUGUUGUGAUUAUUAUUAGUUUUAUUAUAUUUAUCAUGGCUAUAUUUCGAUUUAAGUAA